AUUACUUCCAUGAGAAACAUGUUUUACAAAGCGUUCUACUGCGUUCAAAUAAUAUUCGUAUCAAUCAGUUUUAUAUAUACGUUGAAAUGGGGUGAUGAAUGUGAUUUGGAAAAUGGAUCAAAGGGAGUUUGCAUAGAAGCUCUAAAAUGCCAGCAGGUUUACAUGAGCCUCAAACUUGGUAUUGGGAAGGUUCCAGCUCCUUGCGAAUACAAAGGAAAAGAGACGACGGUUUGCUGUGGCGAUAAAAAUGCUACGUUAUUGAGAGGAGUGCGUAGUGUGCAAGCUUGUAAUAUUUGGAUAAGGUCAAAGAUACAUUCGUAUAGGGCUGUAGGGGGAGGUAAAUCAGCUUUAUCAAAAGAGUUUCCUCACAUGGUCGCUCUUGGGUAUGAUGAUGGUAGCAAUAGGACUAAGUGGGGUUGCGGUGGUAGUUUGAUCAGUUCGAAAUUUGUUUUAACGGCAUCCCAUUGUUUGCACAGCGCAGAUUUCGGUUUGGUGAAGCACGUGAUCAUCGGAGAUUUGGAUAUAAGUAGUAUCGAAGAUGACGCAUAUCCGCAGUACUUUAAAGUACUCAAGACGUACAAACAUCCUCAGUACAAACGACCGAAGAAGUAUCAUGACAUUGGUUUAAUAGAAUUGGAUGGGACAGUAAAUUUUACUGGAUACGCGUAUCCCGCUUGUCUGAACAUCAAUAUGACCACGCCGAAAUCCUUCAUAGCCACUGGUUGGGGUUUAUUGUCUUUCUUCGGGAAAUCCUCGAAUCACCUGCAAAAAGUCACAAUUUUCGAAGUCAACAACACGGAAUGCAACAGGAAUUACGAUGUUAAUUUAAGAACGCUGCAUGAGGGUAUUGAUGAAAAAACACAAAUUUGUGCUGGUGAUCCUGGAAAGGACACCUGUCCGGGAGAUUCUGGAGGACCGCUGCAAACUAAAUACGAAUUCCGAAUGUACUUUAACUACUAUAUUCACGGGGUCACAUCUUUCGGAAAAGCUUGUCUUUUGACCAACAGUCCCGGUGUUUAUACGAGGGUCGCUAAUUACAUAGAUUGGAUUGAAAAUAUUGUUUGGCCAUAUGGUUCAAGUUAUGAUUACAAUUUAGAUUUAUUUACUAAUGGAACACUUAAUGGGUGCAGCAUAGAUUGCUUCAAUGUCAAGAUGUCUGUCCGUUUUCUUGGUUAUGCAUUUGUAAUAUUUAUAUCUAUAAACUACGGAAUUUCGAUUAAAUGGGGCGAUGAAUGUUUUUUGGAAAACGGUGAAAGUGGUGCCUGCGUUGAGGCUUUCAGAUGUGAGCAAGUUUACAAAAGUAUUAAACUAGGUGUAGGUAAACUUCCAAAGUUAUGCGAGUACAAAGGAAAACACACCACUGUUUGUUGCAGCGACAAAAAUGUAACGCACAUUACAGGAGUGAGAAGUGUCCAAGCUUGCAAUAAUUGGAAUCAAAACAGUAUAGCAAUAAAGCAAUUCUAUAGAAUUAGGCCAAGAAGGCCUAGGAAUUUGAUUGGAGGAGGUGUUCCAUCAUUAAAGGCAGAAUUUCCACACAUGGCUGCAUUAGUGUACGAAGUUAAUGGAUCGAACGAGACAGUUUGGGGUUGCGGCGGUAGCCUUAUAAGUUUAAAAUUCAUCUUAACUGCAUCGCAUUGCUUGAAUACAAAAGAAUUAAGGGCAGUUAAAUAUGUGAGACUUGGGGCAUUGAAUGUAAACAAAAAUCUUGUAAAUACGUUUAAAGACUUUCAAGUGUUGAGAGUGUACAGACAUCCACUGUACAAACGGCCUAGUAAGUAUCACGAUAUUGCUUUAUUGGAAUUGGACAGAUUAGUGCAGACUACGCUAUACAUUCAACCUGCUUGCCUGAACAUCAAUUUAACUGAUUCACCUAACAAUCUCAUUGUUACUGGAUGGGGUUUGCUGUCAUUCUUUGGAAAACCGGCGCAGCAUUUGCAGAAAUCGUACCUUGACCACGUGAAUAACACGAAAUGCAGACAGAGUUACGAUGUGAACGAGCGCAGUUUAAGUAAAGGCAUUCAAGAGCAGUACCAAAUUUGUGCGGGUUUCGUAGGUAGAGACACCUGCAAAGGAGACUCCGGAGGACCGUUGCAAAUCUUAAAUCAGGAAGGUGUUUCUUACAUUUACGGAAUAACUUCUUUUGGAAAACCUUGUUUAUUGACACCUAGUCCUGGAGUAUAUACGAGAGUCGCCUACUAUAUAGAUUGGAUAGAGAAUAUCAUUUGGCCAAAUGGCCAAAAUAGCUAUGAUUAUAAUUUAGAUACAUUUACUUAUUAAAAAUUGUGAUUUAAAUAAUAAUG